AUGGACCAGGAGAGCAGCAUGGGCGCCGGGCAGCUGCAGGAGGAGGAGGCGCCGGCGGCCAUGGCGAAGUCGGCGAAGAGGAGGGGCAAGCAGCAGAGGAGGGAGGGGGGAGGGGGAGGGAAGAAGAGGCGGCGGCAGCAGCAGCAGCAGGAGUACCGGCUGGUGAGCUACGAGGAGCUGCCGGAGUACAUGAAGGAGAACGAGUUCAUCCUCAACCACUACCGCUCCGAGUGGCCGCUGCUGCACGCCUUCCUCAGCGUCUUCUCCUGGCACAACGAGACCAUCAACAUCUGGACGCACCUGCUGGGGUUCUUCCUGUUCUUGGGCCUCACCCUCUGGCACCUCGCCCAGUACUUCCCCCAGGUCGCCCACCUCAUCGGCCACCUCUCCUGGCCCAUCUCCAAGGUCGCAGAGAAUGUCUCCAGCAACAUAGGCGACGUCCUCUCCGUGAGUAGUACUACCAGCACCUUCAUGCCAUUUUUCUUUCCUGAAAUACCUUUUCACUUUCCUGUGAUAAUAAUCAAUAGCAACGAAAUAGUUAUAAUAGAGCCCGUGCAGUAG